AUGUUGGUUGCUUGGGAUGACGAAGCGACUACCACACCGCCCACAAUCCACGAAUCAGAGAUCACAUCCCACCCCACGUCGUUUCCAAAAUCGCGAUCACAGUCUAGGUCACCAGUCUGCGGAGCCGAGGAGAACAUAGUCUCACAGGAGCAAAGAAAGAAUCUGGAGAACGCAAUGGAGAUACCCGACUUCAGGACCCUCAGACAGGAACAAGAACAACAACGAGACCGAUUGGUUGCAUGGGCCGGAAGAAAGAGACAAGGCGUUAUCGAUGGAUACGCUGUGCGCAAACUACAGCUCCUACCAUACUUCGAUCGUCAAAAGGACCAGCUUGCCGAAAAGCAGAGCGCCGCAAUCGCUCGCAUAGAAGACAAGCACGUGCUUGACGAACAUGAGAUGCGCGAAGGACAUGACGUGGAAACACGGAACAAUGCAAUCGCUCUCAAACACAUGGAGGCAUACUGUCGAGGAGAGACGACCAGCGGUGACCGCCAUGAGAGGACCAUCACCGAUCGCGAUCUAGCCGAACUUACAAAAGCCAGACGAGCUCGCGAUCAGAUGGAUGCGAAACACAGCGGCGCCAUCAGCGUGCUCAGAGGCGAGCAAAGCAGACGCAUCAGUCAACGCUUGGUCAAGCAAGAAGCAGAGCUGGCAGAAUUGGAAGCACGCCAAGCUAAGGAAAUUGGAAGUCUACAGCGCGAAUGCGACGACAUGGUACGAGACUGGGAUGACGAGACACAAAAGCGACGUUCGAAGCUCGAGACAUGGUGGAACGUACAGGUGGAAAUCUGGCGAAAGAAGCUUGAGCGGGACACUGGUAUCCAUUUCUCUGGAGAGCUGCCGCCGGUUCAGUGGCCACGACCCGAUGCCAAUGAGGGCAAUAAGAGGAGGGAUCCGAUGAAGAGACAUACUAUCGCGGUAUCUCCAGCUCCUGGUUUGCAGCCAGAUGAUGAUCGCGGAGCUCGGAGUAUAAGCCCUGCUCGUAAACAGCAUCGCAUCAGUACUGCUUUCACCAUCAGGAGUGGCAUGAUUGGCAAAGCUUGA